GACAAACACUGACUGCACACCAUGAUAAAGAUAUCUACCUGUUUGGUGGCAAAACAACAAAUGAGGACGGCAUGUUGACAUCUUCUAAAGAAAUCCAUAAACUCAGUAUUUCUAAGAUGAAAUGGAAGGUUCCUCUGUACGUUGGAAUUCCUCCGGCCCGACGACACGGACACACUGCCUUCAUCCUCCACAGCCAUCUGUAUGUAUUUGGAGGAAAGAAUGAAGAGCAGGAGUUUAAUGACCUGAAGGUGAUGAAACUAAUUAACCCCUCAGAGAGACAACCAGUGAUGAAGGAGAUCCUGUCAGAGUUUGGUCUACAGGUCGUCAGCCACAGCUUCACUCCCACAAAGGUUCCCAAUGUCCGCUAUGAGCUGAGCGAGUCUGAUCUGUUCAACCAGUCCAGGAACACAGCAGCUUAUGCACAGGUGUUUGUCCACAGAGACUUCAGUGCAGUUCGAGAUCAGGCAAUGAAAACGAUCCAGACAGCCUUUACUCUGCUGGACCAGGAGUUCCAGAAAGUGGUUCGAGAAAAGUCAGAGGUUUCUCAAGCUGCUGCUGCUCUGCAAAGAGAGAAAGAAGCUCAUGAAGCCUAUAGACAACAACAGCAACAGGAGCUGCGGGAGAUGCUGGACAGACAUCGCUCUCAAAAUGAGGCGUGGCUGCGAGCGCGAGCCGAGGAGAACGACCAAGAGAGGAAGGAGCUCUGCAGACUCAGAGAGGAGUUGUCACAUGAGCAGGAAAGACUGAAGGAGGAGCAUGAAAGCAUCCAGAAACGCAGCGAACAUCUUCUGUCCAUCAUGCAGCAGUUCAGAUGAAUGUAAGAUAGACAGAUAGAUAGAUAGA